AUGGCUGUGGUGCAGAUGGAGAAGUCGCUGGAUACGUCGUCAGCGGGCGACAAGAUCCGUGAUGCACUGAAGAAUCACGUGUACAAUGGCAAACCAGUGUCUUACACCGUAUCAACUGCACUGAAUUGUAUCUUGUCGGGGGUGAUUCGGUGGGAACGAAAGGAUAGUAGUGGCUCGCAUUAUUGCUGUGCGAUUUACUAUGAAGCGCAUGCAUUUCUGGAGAUGAUACAGAAGAAAAGUUACAAGGAAUUAGUCGCCGUAGUACAAUAUUUACAGACAUUGGUGCCCAAGAGAAAGCAAUCUCAGCAACAAGAGGAUGAACCGACCAAGUACUUUGUCAUCAUUGAAGGCAUGGAUCGAGCCCUUAUUGAGUUGAAAAAGCGGCAAAAGAAGAAGAAAACGAACGGAACAGCCGCGAUCUCAACGUCUCCGAUGAUCACGUUCGCAGACUUGCAAGAAAUCGCGUUCCAGUUGUUCAUGGAUGUGGGAGCUCAUACAAAAUUCACGUGUGAUCUUGAAGCGACGGCGAACUACGUGGCUUUAUUGACUCGCGAAUUGGUUGUUGCAUCAUCACGAGCAACUGCUCUCGAGGAGCUUCUGGAAUCUGUGCCUCGGUAUAACUCGUUUCGAGUGACACGUAGCGGAGGAACAGCAAGUGCAAGCGCCAACGCGUGGCUGCGUAUGCUUCAAGUGAUCCCUGGUGUGAGUGAGGACAAGGCGCAGUGUCUGUUAGAUCAUUUCCCCACUUUCGACAGUCUCAUGCGUGCGUAUCGUGACCCGAGACUUUCCCGAGCGCAGAAAGAAGAUAUCGUAGCUGACAAACUCCACGAUGCGCGGACUCAAAGAGCUCUGUCGAAAAAGAUCUACUCUGUCUUCUGCGAGGAAGACCCUGACGCUUUGAUUUAG